AAGCAACAUCACGGAUGUUAACAUCAUUCACCGUCGGAUAUCGAGCUGUGCUGUUGUCCAUAGCGGACCACUGACCGGAAUCGAUUCAUAACCAUCAACAGCUGUGGGUGAGGGAAUUGUUUGCAAUGUGAUCUAGUGGCGAAGGAGGAGGAGAGAGACAGAGAGAGGGGGGGGAAACAUGCCUGCUGAUGGUGCUGUCUCAUUGAGCCUCGUUACCCUCCUGCUGACCAGCUGGAACAUGGUGGCAGCGACAGUGCCGGUGGCUCCGGUCAACGUAUCGGUAAGUCAGCUGAGAUCAGACUCUGCCAUCAUCACCUGGAGUGUACCACAGGGAGACACUGUCAUCGGAUACGUCAUCUCACAACAGAGGCAGGACGGGCUGAUGCAGCGUUCCAUUCGGGAGGUGAACUCGUCAAGUCGAGCUUGUGUGUUGUGGGACCUGGAUGAAGACACACACUACAGCGUACAGGUCCAGUCCAUAGGGCUUCAAGGAGACAGCCAGCCCAGUCACACUGUCCACUUCAGGACCCUGGAGAAGACUGAUCACUACCCUAUAGGAAGCAUAGACGAUGACCCGACCAUGGAAGGGAUGGAUCUGACCCCUAACCUGCAGACUGGAGAACUACUCAUCGUCACCACUGUACUGCUACUCUGGGCAGCGGUAAUAGCUCUGUUCUGUCGUCAGUAUGACAUCAUCAAGGACAAUGACUACAAGGACAAACCCAAACGCCCCUCUGUUCGGACCGAACCAUCUUACUACAGCAGCAGUGUCUCAGCUCAGAGCACGCCACUUUACUACAACGGAGGGGUGCAAGGCAGCAAGGACCUCCUCUUCCUCUUCCAUCAUCAGAGUGUGACAGGAGCUCCUCCUCUUCCUCCUCCAUCAUCAGUUCCUCCAUCAUCAGGCUGUGACAGGACCUCCUCCUCUUCCUCCUCCAUCAUCAGAGUGUGACAGGACCUCCUCCUCUUCCUCCUCCAUCAUCAGUCUGUGACAAGACCUCCUCCUCUUCCUCCUCCAUCAUCAGAUUGUGACAGGACCUCCUCCUCUUCCUCCUCCAUCAUCAGGCUGUGACAGGACCUCCUCCUCUUCCUCCGCCAUCAUCAGUCUGUGACAGCACCUCCUCCUCCUUCUCCAUCAUCAGGCUGUGACAGGACCUCGUCCUCCUUCUCCAUCAUCAGGCUGUGACAGGACCUCGUCCUCCUUCUCCAUCAUCAGUCUGUGACAAGACCUCGUCCUCCUUCUCCAUCAUCAGUCUGUGACAAGACCUCGUCCUCCUUCUCCAUCAUCAGUCUGUGACAGGAUCUCGUCCUCCUUCUCCAUCAUCAGGCUGUGACAGGACCUCGUCCUCCUUCUCCAUCAUCAGUCUGUGACAGGACCUCGUUCUCCUUCUCCAUCAUCAGGCUGUGACAGGACCUCGUCCUCCUUCUCCAUCAUCAGUCUGUGACAGGACCUCGUCCUCCUUCUCCAUCAUCAGUCUGUGACAAGACCUCGUCCUCCUUCUCCAUCAUCAGUCUGUGACAAGACCUCGUCCUCCUUCUCCAUCAUCAGGCUGUGACAAGACCUCGUCCUCUUCCUCCUCCAUCAUCAGACUGUGACAGGACCUCCUCCUCUUCCAUCAUCAGACUGUGACAGCACCUCCUCCUCUUCCAUCAUCAGACUGUGACAUCAGGAAGUGACACAAGCAUAAAGGAAGUGACACAAUCAUAAAGGAAGUGACACAACUGUACAGUAAGUGUCUUAGAUGACUUGAGUACAUGUCCGAUCAAGAGCCCAGUUCCCUUUUUCAGUUCAGCGGCUGAAACCAUCCCUCUACUGUUCAGAACUGAGUAUUUGACAAAGGGAAUGUUGAUAUUGUCACAGCAAUACCACCAUACACCAAACAUGUUUAAGGACCAAGAUAGAAAGGAGCAAGGGGAAGACCGUCUGACAGAAAUGGACACGGCAAAUGUCACCCGGCAGUGGACUACUUCUCCCCAGCUAGUGGACUACUUCUCUUCAGCUAGUGCACUACUUCUCCCCGGCUAGUGCACUACUUCUCCUCAGCUAGUGCACUACUUCUCCCCGGCUAGUGAACUACUUCUCCCCGGCUAGUGAACUACUUCUCCUCAGCUAGUGAACUACUUCUCCCCAGCUAGUGGACUACUUCUCCCCGGCUAGUGGACUACUUCUCCCCAGCAAGUGGACUACUUCUCCCCAGCUAGUGGACUACUUCUCCUCAGCUAGUGCACUACUUCUCCCCAGCUAGUGGACUCCUUCUCCCCAGCUAGUGCAAUACUUCUCCCCGGCUAGUGAACUACUUCUCCCCAGCUAGUGGACUACUUCUCCCCAGCUAGUGCACUACUUCUCCCCAGCUAGUGGACUACUUCUCCCCAGCUUGUGGACUACUUCUCCCCAGCUAGUGAACUACUUCUCCCCAGCUAGUGGACUACUUCUCCUCAGCUAGUGAACUACUUCUCCCCAGCCAGUGAACUACUUCUCCCCAAUUAGUGAACUACUCCUGCCCAGCUAGUGAACUACUUCUCCCCAGCUGGUGAACUACUUCACCCCGGCUAGUGGACUACUUCUCCCCAGCUAGUGAACUACUUCUCCCCAGCUAGUGGACUACUUCUCCCCAGCUAGUGGACUACUUCUCACCCUGCUAGUGGACUACUUCUCCCCAGCUAGAGGACUACUUCUCCCCAGCUAGUGGACUACUUCUCCCCAGCUAGUGAACUACUUCUCCCCAGCUAGUGGACUACUUCUCCCCAGCUAGUGGACUACUUCUCCCCAGCUAGUGGACUACUUCUCCCCGGCUAGUGGACUACUUAUCCCCAGCUAGUGGACUACUUCUCCCCAGCUAGUGGACUACUUCUCCCCAGCUAGUAGACUACUUCUCCCCAGCUAGUGGACUACUUCUCCCCAGCUAGUGGACUACUUCUCACCCUGCUAGUGGACUACUUCUCCCCAGCUAGAGGACUACUUCUCCCCAGCUAGUGGACUACUUCUCCCCAGCUAGUGGACUACUUCUCCCCAGCUAGUGGACUACUUCUCCCCAGCUAGUGGACUACUUCUCCCCGGCUAGUGGACUACUUCUCCCCGGCUAGUGGACUACUUAUCCCCAGCUAGUGAACUACUUCUCCCCAGCUAGUGGACUACUUCUGACCAAAGUCACCUGGACUGGACCAGUUUGGGAAGAACUGCUCUAAGGGCACCUGGACGAAAGGUCACACGUACAAUUUGACAAGAUGGACAACAAAGAUUCAGACAUGACCGUCUUCUCCUUAUCCUUUAAGCAACGCAACUCUUUAGUCAUUCCUGGGUGUUCCACUGUGGAUGAAACUGUUCUACCUCCCCGUGAUGUUCGGAGAACGAAGUUACAGAUACAUCGACCCGAACAACAGACACACAGACACUAACAAUAGACACACAGACCCUGACAACAGACACAUACCCCAACAACAGACACACAGACCCUGACAACAGACACAUACCCCAACAACAGACACACAGACCCUGACAACAGACACACAGACCCUGACAACAGACACACAGACCCUGACAACAGACACAUACCCCAACAACAGACACACAGACUCCAACAACAGACACACAUACCCUUACAACAGACACGCAGACCCUGACAACAGACACACAGACCCGAACAACAGACACGCAGACCCCAACAACAGACGCACAGACCCGAACAACAGACUCUAACAACAGACACGCAGACUCUAACAACAGACACACAGACCCUAACAACAGACACACAGACCCAACAGCAGACACACCGACCCUAACAACAGACACACAGACCCUAACAGCAGACACACAGACCCUAUCAGCAGAAACAGAGACCCUAACAGCAGACACACAGACCCUAACAGCAGACACACAGACCCUAACAGCAGACACACAGACCCUAACAACAGACGUAUAGACCCUAACAACAGACACUAAGACCCUAACAGCAGAUACACAGACCCUAACAGCAGACAAACAGACCCUAACAACAGACACACAGACCCUAACAACAGACAUUAAGACACCAACAACAGACACUAAGACCCUAACAACAGACACACAGACCCUAAUAACAGACACACAGACAGUAACAACAGACACAGAGACCCUAACAGCAGAUGUAUAUACCCUAACAACAGACAUACAGACCCUAACAACAGACAUACAGACCCUAACAACAUACAUAUAGACCCUAACAACAGACACUAAGACCCUAAUAACAGACAUAUAGACCCUAACAACAGAUACUAAGACCCUAACAACAUACAUAUAGACCCUAACAACAGACACUAAGACCCUAAUAACAGACAUAUAGACCCUAACAACAGACAUAUAGACCCUAACAACAGACACACAUACCCUGCUGUAUAGAGACAUUAAAACUAACAACAGACAUCCUGCUGUAUAGAGACAAUAUAACUAACAACAGACAUCCUGCUGUAUAGAGACAUUAUAACUAACAACAGACAUCCUGCUGUAUAGAGACAUUAUAACUAACAACAGACAGACAUCCUGCUGUACCUAACUAACAGGCGAAUGUCCUGUACCAUUGUAGAGACACUGUUAAACUGUGGACAUUACCUGUGUAAAGUCACCCCCAGACAUGUAGAUGACUAACUAAUGCAGGGCUAGGCAACCCUGGUCCUGGCAACCCUGGUCCUGGCAACCCUGGUCCUGGCCACCCUGGUCCUGGCCACCCUGGUCCUGGCCACCCUGGUCCUGGCAACCUGGGUCCUGGCAACCCUGGUCAGGGCCACCCGGGUCCUGGCCACCCGGGUCCUGGCCACCCGGGUCCUGGCCACCCGGGUCCUGGCCACCCGGGUCCUGGCCACCCGGGUCCUGGCCACCCGGGUCCUGACAACCCUGGUCCUGGCAACCCGGGUCCUGGCAACCCGGGUCCUGACAACCCUGGUCCUGGAGUGCUGCAUAUGCAGGCUUUAUGUUUUGCUUUUUUAUUAGGCCUGGGAAUUUAUCCAAUCACUGAUAGUGAUCAAUUAGCUCAGUAGGUAAGGUGAUUAGUAGAGGUUGGAACUAAAGUACAUGUUCACUCCAGAGUUACCAGGGUUACCAGGGUUACCAGGCCCUGAACUAACAGAACGUGUUCUUCUAUAAUUAUAUUUUACAGUAUGUAGAUAGUCUGUAGAUACAGAAUCAACAAUUGAAAUAUAGUAUAUGUUAAAAUGUGAAUAGUUACUAGAACUGUAUAAUACACAGCUACACGUGUGUUGACAUCUUCUUAACCUUAAAACAUAGUUCAUAACCAUGAAUAAAUCUAAAACGAUUGGGGGAAUU